GCCCUUUUUAUGAAGGGCAAAUGGCUUCAACGAUCGAAGUGUUUCCGAAAUACAGCUUUCUUCCGGGAGGGCUAGGUUUCUUCCCGGCCGGUUAGGUUUCUUCCCUCUUCGUUCGUCGUUCGGGGUUCGUCGGCGCAUCCUCCCUCUCUUUCUUCUGCUUCAGGCACCGCCGUUAUGGUGAGGAAAACCGCCGCCGACGUCUCCUCUUCCAAGGGCGGAAAAUCCAGGGAAUCCGCCUCCAUCGCCUCUGCUGUACCCAAAAAGGAGAAGAUUUCCGUGUCGGCUAUGCUUGCCUCCAUGGACAAGCCCAAAGCCUCGUCUUUCGGCGCCUCGAAAAAGCCUAAGCCCAAAGCCAAAUCCUCGUCCUAUACGGAUGACAUCGAUCUACCGCCUUCCGACGAUGAGGAAGUGGAGGUCGCGGAGGAAGAGACCGCAAGACCUAAAGCUCGAAAUGCUGUUACUGAACUGUCAGCCGCCACCAUCUCGGACAAGGAGCUCAAGAAGAGGGAGAAGAAGGAUAUCUUCAAUGCGAACGCUGCCGAGCAGGCACGGCAGCAGGCCCUGAGGGAUGACCACGAUGUCUUCACGGUGGUUAUUGGAUCCCGCGCAGCCGCCCUUGAUCCUGACGCUCAAGAGGGCGCCGCCGAUGCUAACGUGAAGGAUAUCACCAUCGAGAAUUUCUCUGUUUCUGCUCGGGGGAAGGAGCUCCUGAAGAACGCCACCGUCAAGAUCGCCCAUGGGAAGAGGUACGGUCUUAUUGGUCCAAACGGGAAGGGGAAAUCUACUCUGUUAAAGCUCCUUGCUUGGAGGAAGAUUCCCGUCCCACGCAACAUUGAUGUGCUCCUGGUCGAGCAGGAAGUAGUCGGGGAUGCAAGAACUGCUCUUGAGGCCGUUGUGUCGGCUAACGAGGAGCUGGUGAGCCUCCGCAAGGAGGCUGCUGCUCUCUCCGAGAAACCUGAAGGAGGAGACGAUGAAGACGACGAUGAUAGUGGAGUGAAGCUUGCAGAAAUAUAUGAAAGGUUGCAGCUUUUGGGUUCCGAUGCUGCAGAGGCCCAGGCAUCCAAGAUCUUAGCUGGGUUAGGGUUCACCAAGGAGAUGCAGCGCCGUCCAACCAAGUCAUUCAGCGGAGGAUGGAGGAUGAGGAUAUCCUUGGCCAGAGCUCUCUUUGUGCAGCCAACUUUGUUACUUCUGGAUGAGCCUACAAACCAUCUUGAUCUCCGAGCAGUAUUAUGGUUAGAGGAGUAUCUUUGCCGCUGGAAGAAGACGCUGGUGGUGGUGUCCCAUGACAGAGACUUCCUUAACACCGUUUGCAAUGAGAUUAUACAUCUUCACGAGCUGAAACUCCAUGUUUACCGUGGGAACUUUGAUGAUUUUGAAAGUGGUUAUGAGCAAAAGCGAAAAGAAACAAAUAAGAAGUUUGAAAUUUAUGAGAAGCAGAUGAAAGCUGCAAAGAAGACUAGCAACAAGGCUAAGCAAGACAAGGUUGAUGAUCGGGCCAAGUAUGUCGCUGCCAAGGCAGCUAAGAGUAAGUCAAAGGGGAAGGUGGAAGAUGAUGAUGUGCCACCACCUGAGGCGCCCCAACGGUGGAGGGAUUAUAGUGUUGUAUUCCACUUCCCGGAGCCCACUGAGCUGACACCGCCACUUCUGCAGCUCAUCGAGGUCAGCUUCAGCUAUCCAAACAGGGAGGAUUUUAGGCUUUCCAAUGUUGAUGUGGGAAUUGAUAUGGGGACAAGGGUUGCCAUUGUAGGACCAAAUGGUGCCGGCAAAUCCACACUGCUGAAUUUACUUGCAGGGGAUUUGGUGCCCACUGAAGGAGAAGUUCGUCGGAGUCAAAAGCUGCGGAUUGGGAGAUAUUCCCAGCAUUUUGUUGAUCUCCUGAUCAUGGAAGAGAACCCAGUUCAGUACCUUCUCCGCCUUCAUCCAGAUCAAGAAGGAUUUAGCAAGCAAGAGGCUGUGCGAGCUAAACUUGGGAAAUUUGGCCUGCCUAGCCACAACCACCUUACACCCAUUGCCAAAUUAUCUGGAGGCCAGAAGGCUCGCGUUGUGUUUACUUCUAUAUCCAUGUCUAGGCCUCAUAUUCUUUUGUUGGAUGAGCCAACAAAUCACCUUGACAUGCAAAGUAUCGAUGCACUGGCAGAUGCACUUCAGGAGUUUACUGGUGGUGUUAUUUUGGUGAGUCACGACUCACGUUUAAUAUCACGAGUAUGUGAGGAUGAAGAGAAAAGUGAGAUAUGGGUUGUGGAAGACGGUACUGUUAGAAAAUUCCCUGGUUCUUUUGAAGAGUACAAGGAAGAUCUUCUGAAAGAGAUUAAGGCGGAUGUUGAUGAAUAAAGACAAAUUUAACUUAUUAUUUCUGUUCUGCUUUUUUUUAAUCCUUAAAGAUGGAUUUGAUUGGCCAUUAUGCUGUCCUGCCCAACUUAACUCGUGGCAAUGGAUUACUGCCAUUCUGAGGGAAUUAUGCAUCAAGAUGUCAAGCCUCAUAAUGGAAUGAUAGACCACGAGCUCCAGAAGCUCUGGUUGUUAGACUGGGGACUUGCUGAAUUCUACCAUCCUGGCAAGGAGUACAAUGUUCGUGUAGCUUCAAGGUUCUUGGUACUGAUGAACUAGCCCCCGGGGCUAUGGUACAGCGGCAGCAUCUAGGUUGUCAUCCAGGCACCCGCGGUUCGAACUCCAGCUAUGGCGAAUUUGCAUGAAUUUUUCCUCCAAAUGGGGCACGCAACUAAAGGAUGCUGGGCUGCCCGCUGCGAGCGUUUCCCGAUUUAUCAUGGUGGCCGGUGGAAAACUUCCGUGGGGCUGGGCCGGUCAUCCCAGGCUUGACGUUAUCCAGCCUGGUUAAUCAUUUUUUUUUUUUGGUACUGAUGAACUAAAUGUGUACCUAAACAAGUAUCGACUAGAGCUUGAUCCACAGCUUGAUGCUCUCGUUGGAA